GUGUGCUACGAAUUAUCAAAUAUACGACACAUUGAGAUUCAGAUCGGACGUGGUGGCUCAACAAAUUCGCUCUCACACUGGACGUUGGAGAAAUUAAGUCGCUCGUAAACACUACGGCAACUGUGCGUAUAUAUAUAUAUAAGGUGGAUGAAUAAAUGGAUGGAAGGACGAACGAAAUGUAUGAAGUCGUCAUUAAAUACCAAGCAAGAUAUCAGUACAAAUUAACAUCCUUUUCUUCAGCUUCAGUUUGAUGCUAUCUUGGACGCAGCGUUUAGUUCGUAUCGUCUUAGAGAGACUCGCAUCGUUAGGGCCAAUAUUGUCAAAUGCAUUUAAAUACGGGGCUCUGAAUCGCUUGUCACGAAAAUCUGAAGAUGCUAAAAUGAAAAUGCUGCAACGCAAAUAACAAAUGACGAUGAGUUCAUAGGCGCUCUGUUUCGCUGAGACAAUGUCAGAAGAUAAUUUACCACAUAUUUCGUACGGGCUUGAUAGCCGUGGAAGAAUAGUACGUAUCGAGUCUGGUAUAACGAGAGCAAACAUCAGGCGUCUUCCAAGCAUAGAAGAAGCUCUAAGAAGAUUCAGUACAAACUUGAGAGUCGACAGACAAGUCAAUGAUUCGAACGAUGUUUCAUACAUUAGUCAAUACUUGAGUGUCAUAUACUUUAGGAAUGUGUCAUAUAUUUUACUAAUUCCGAUGUCAUAUAUUUUACCUGGAACUUCUGACUUUCAAGCACAAGUGGUAUCAUCAGAAGAAGAAAUUUCUCAGAACAUAUCCGAAGAUAUAACAGAUCGUGAAUUAUCCAUUGAUAUCACCGAUGGGGUGUCUUCUCCAAAUUAUACAACGUCUAGUAUGCGAUCAUUGAGUAUGGAUGAAGACAAGCGAUAUUGUUGGGUGUGCUUCGCAACAGACGAGGAUGAUGCUACUGCAGCAUGGGUCAAACCAUGCCACUGUAGAGGCACUACAAAAUGGGUUCAUCAAGGUUGUAUACAAAGAUGGGUCGACGAGAAGCAAAAAGGUCAUGCCGAACAUGCUGUAGCCUGUCCACAGUGCAACACGGAAUACAUAAUAGUUUACCCAAAUAUGGGUCCACUAGUGGUAAUACUCGACACGAUCGACACUGUUAUCUUCCGGGUGUGUCCCUUUAUCGCUGCUGGUAUCGUCGUCGGAUCCAUAUACUGGACAGCUGUAACUUAUGGUGCGGUAACCGUUAUGCAAGUAGUGGGUCACAAAGAUGGUCUUACCAUGAUGGAACAAGCCGAUCCUUUGGUCUUGCUCGUUGGUUUACCGACUAUUCCAAUUAUGUUGGUUCUGGGGAAAAUGCUCAGAUGGGAAGAUCAGGCUCUAGGUUUCUUGAGGCGGCAUGCCUGUAAAGUUCCUAUCCUGAGGCACUUCUUACCGAGUAGUUAUUCCAGCGAGGAUACAGUGCAAUCGGAGGAUAUACCACCGAUGAACGAUCCUGUGUCUGCGACGCGCGUGCUUUGCGGUGCGCUCUUGUUGCCAACAAUCGCCAGUAUAUGCGGAAAGCUGUUCUUUGAAAGUAUAAGUUCCAACUUUCAGAGAACGCUGCUUGGUGGUGCGGCGUUCCUAACGAUAAAGGGUGCAUUUAAGAUUUACCACAAGCAACAACAAUACAUGAGACAGUGUCAGCGUCGUGUAAUGGAUUACACAGAGAGCAACGUGGCGCUGUACAAGAGGCAGCAAAAUUCUGAGAGCGAUCAGACGAGUUAAAAAUGAAAGGUUAAAAUAGAUAUCCAAAGUACCGAAUAUAAUGUAUAACUUGUUCAGCAUAAGGGUUAACUUUACAGUAGAAUCAGGCAAUCGUUGGGGGAUAUACAGUGGAUGAAAAAACGUACGUAGUUGAUUCCUUUUUAGACAAAUGUACACAGAAAAUAUUACACUGUAACAUAAGUUUCUAUAUCACACAUAUAAAAUAUAUUGGUAAAUAUAUCAAUAUACCAAUACAUUUCAUUUCGUGUUUAUGCAAGAUUAAUCUAAGAAAAAUGAAUAUAUGCGGGUGUUUUUUUUUUUUUUUAUUUUCGCUGUAAUAACUUUCAAUGUCAUACAUGUUUUCAGUGAUAACCUUGGAUACGUUCUGGUUAUACCGUAGGAUAACGAAAUCUGUAUAUAUCCAUAUAAAAAUUAAAAUUUCGUACGUAAAAACAUUGUCAGAAAUUAAUACAAGAUUAUAUUUUUCAAGGAGGUGAAGGGUGUUGAGCAAUGUGUGGAAGCACGGGGUAACAUCUUUAACAUAAUUGUAUGAGACACGAAUACACACACACACACACACACACACACAUAUAUAUAUAUAUAUAUACAUAUACACGUAAUAUGGAAUAUUUUUCCCAAUCUUCCUUGUAUAGUAAAUAAAAAUGGGAGUAAUAACAGACAUAACUUCUUUCUUUAUAUUAUUAAAGUUAUGUAGUUCAAGUCAAUGGAUCGAAUAUUAAUAUUGCUCAUAGGGGAGAUGGAAUACUGCAGGAAAAGAGAAAUUAACGCGACGAAUCGUUGUGACAAAUACUUGUUAUCCGUAAUUUGUAAGGGUGAUUCUAGAAUCUGGUGUAAUAUAAAUAUAAGAGCCUAUUGUAUUUUACAACGGGUAAGAUUCGUAAGUUGUAUUUUGUAAUCUAAUUUCACAUGUAAAUGCUAAUAUAAAACAACCUAUAGGAAAACAACUAUAGGAAAUAUAAAAGAAGCUUGUCAAUAUAAAUACGAUAAUCAACAAUGUUUACAUUUUAUCUAUAACAAUAAAAUUCAUAUCUGCCUCA